UUUAAAUUCACCCCACCCUUGACAUUUUGUAAACCCCGUGACUGAAGCACUCUGUUCUUCAAGGUACGCGUCUGAACUCUUGCUGGAACAAAAACUCGGAAACUUUCCCAGUCAUUCACUGAUUGACUGCCCAACGCAGUUUGUCUUGAUUUAUUGAAAUUCCAUUUCAAUGUAAUCAAGACUUUCUUUGGUUUCUCCAUGACUGUGAUCCUCCUUACAAUUGAAGCUAUGGAUAUUUUCAUUCUUGACUAGGAUAGGAAGGACCAGCAUGUUAUAUCAUCUCACAUACUCUGUAUUAUAUCGUAAAUGGAUCCUCCAUUCAGUGGGUUGCCAGACUCUGUAAAAACAUCACGCCUGGAAGAUGGAUUCUUCUUUUCCAGCAGCUUUCAGCUAUCUGAUGAUACCCCUAGCAAUUGCUUUUUAGCUUCUCUGGAUUUCAUGAAUAACCAUUUGACUGCCACACCCCCUUCCAACCAUUUCUCUUCUCUACCUGGAGAGUUAUACUCACCAAAUGCUGAUGACCCUGUGGCCAAGUACCUCAACCAGAUACUACUGGAGGAAAACAUCAAUGAGAAGCCUUGUAUGUUCCAUGAUGCAAUUGCUCUUAAAGAUGCUGAUGAAUCCUUCUCUAGGGACCCUCCCCCUUCUAGCAAUACUUCUGACCUGCCUCAGUGGACUGUUGAUCCUUCUGAAUCAUCUGAGAGCUCAAAUUGUUUUUUAAAUGCGAAUAAUAUCCAAGUGCUAAAUGCUGAUGACCAUGGAAACAUGUUUAGUGACUCGGAGGCCGUAGAGCUGUUCAAGAGAGGAAUGGAAGAAGCAAAUAAAUUUCUCCCUACUGCUAAUAAUUUUUUUACUGACCUGGACAUUUCACCCAAUAAUACUUCUAGAGGAAAGAAGCAUCAUCAUCCGGAUAACAAUAUGAUUGAAGAUGAGAGGAGUAGCAAGCAAUCUGCAGUUUAUGCGGAAGAGGAGUUAUCGGAGGCGUUUGAUGAGGUUUUGCUGUGUGAUCCUAAAUUUCCGAGUCGCGUGAAGGAUAGUCAGCCUGAAGUAGUUGGGAACGGCAUGCCACACUGUGACGGAAAAAGGCGUGCAAGGAUGCAGCAAAAACAGCAGGAGGAGGAAGAUACAACUGAAGCUGUAGAUCUGCAGACUCUUUUAAUGAGCUGUGCACAAUCAGUUGCUAUUAAUGAUCGUAAGUCUGCAAACGAACAACUAAAACAGAUUUGGCUUCACUGCUCACCCAACGGUGAUGCUGACCAGAGGCUAGCAUAUUUUUUAGCACGUGGUCUUGAGGUGCGUUUGACCGGCACGGGGACCGAGCUUUAUAGAUCCGGAGCCCCUAAAGGAAUCACUGCUUUUGAUAAGUUAAAAGCAUACCAGGUUUACAUGUCAAUAUGCCCUUUCAAGAAGAUUGCAAUAGACUUUGCAAAUAAGAUGAUUUACAUGGCGUCAUCCAAAGCUAAAACACUACAUGUCAUAGAUUUCGGCAUUCAUUAUGGUUUCCAGUGGCCCAUCCUUCUCCAACAUCUUUCAAACAGGCCUGGUGGGCCUCCUAAACUUCGCUUUACUGGAAUUGAUUAUCCGAAACCUGGUUUUAGGCCUUCCGAAUUGAUAGAAGAGACUGGACGCCGCCUGGCAAAGUAUUGCGAGCGCUUUGGUGUUCCAUUUGAGUACAAUGCUAUAGCGACUCGGAAUUGGGAGACAAUUAAAGUCAAAGAUUUGAAGCUUGCAAGAAGAGGUGAGGAGAUUGUUGCUGUGAACUGCUCAUUUCGGUUUAAAGACGUUUUUGAUGAGAUUGAGGUGAUGGGGGAGAGUCCUCGUGACGCAGUCCUAAGGCUAAUCCGGAAAGUCAACCCAAGUAUUUUUGUGCAAGCUGUUGUCAAUGGAUCAUAUGGUUCUCCAUUUUUUGCUUCUAGGUUCCGUGACGCUCUAUACCACUACACUGCAUUUCUUGAUAUUUUUGACACUCUAUUACCCCGUGAUGAUCCGCAGAGGCUUCAAUUUGAGGAUGAUCACUUUGGGCGGGAGGCGUUGAAUGUGAUUGGAUGUGAGGGCACAGAGAGGGUUGUAAGGCCUGAGACAUACAAGCAGUGGCAGUGGAGGAAUAGUAGAGCUGGGUUUAAGCUUCUUCCCUUGAACCGAGGACUGAUGGCUGAGUUGAAAAAAAAGUUGAAGGCUGGUUACCACAAACAGUUUCUUCUUGAUGAAGAUGGUGACUGGAUGGUACAGGGGUGGAAGGGACGGGUUCUGUGUGCUAGCUCAUGUUGGGUGCCUGCAAAAUAGAGGUAGCUUCUUCUAUACCUAUCCAAGGGACCAAGAGUUGCAUAUUCUUAUCAUCCACACGAUUUGGGUCAUGCACAAGGAGUGUUUCUCUUACAGACCUAAUAAAAGCUAUUUUACGGACUUCAUCUAUCUGCGGCUCCAGCCAGCCGGACACGUGAAACAGUGACUGAAUCAGGAAGCUUUAACUGGUGGCUAAGUUAGGGACUUGUUUACUAUGAUAAUCAUUCUUUCCUAUUAUUAGGAAUCUCUUCCUUGCUAGAUGACAUUCCUUUGUAAGGUCUAUAUAAGACACUGUAAGUUCAUAUUGAGAAUAUGAAUAUUUCGUUUUUCCGUUUUUCCACAUUGACAUGUGGCGGUGCCAUAGGUCAGCGUCCUUGCCUAGGGUGGGGGGUGGGGGUAGAUUUAUUACUCAAAUCAUCACUGGUUCACAUAAUAUCACUGUUUCACAUAAUCACAUUCCCCUUCCUUCUUGCAAAGGUCUUGGACCAGAUGAGGUCCAGAUCCUAUAUGUGUCGAAAAGAAUUUAGCAUUAGCAUCCACGAUAAUGGUAAACAGUAUGUCAGUAUGGCAUAAAACCAUCAUACAGUAUGUAAUAUGUACUUGAAUAUUUUAUGUUUAUCCAUUAAUGAAGUUCUGGACUGCUCUUCCAGUAUUUUUAGUAUCGUU